AUGAAAUCAUCAUCAUCGCCCGAUGCAAUCGUCAUCAAAGACCUCGUGCUCAUCGGCGGUGGACACGCGCACGUGUACGUGCUCAAGGCGCUGGCGAUGCGACCGAUGGCGGGGGUGCGCGUGACGCUCAUCGCGAAGGAUUUGCACACGCCGUACAGCGGCAUGCUCCCGGGCCUCGUCGCGGGACACUACGAGCGAGACGAGACGCACGUCGAUCUGCAACCGAUCUGUCGAGCGGGAAAAUUUCGAGUGAUACACGAUGAGGCGAUCGGGAUCGAUCACGAGGAGAAGCGGGUGGUGCUGCGGAGCGGACGACCGGGGGCGCGGUUCGACGUCCUGAGCGUGGACGUGGGAAUAACGCCGAGCGCGGACGUGCGAGGGGCGAACGAGCACGCGACGGCGGUGAAACCGGUGAGUGGAUUUAACGCGCGGUGGGAAGCGAUGCUGAGGCGGGUGAUCGAGGGUGGGAAGCACUGCGAGGUGGUGGUGGUCGGCGGCGGCGCGGGCGGCGCCGAGCUCGCGCUCUCGAUGCGACACCGCAUGCGAGAGGAGUGUAAGCGACGAGGGAUGAACGAAGAUUUAGCGUCGUUCACGCUCGUAACGCGAGGAAAGUUGAUGCCGUCGCACGCGCCGAGGGUGAGGAAUACGUUUUUGCAGGUGUUCGAUGACGCGGGCGUAAAAGUGAUUGAGGACGACGGCGUGGUAGAGGCUGGAGAGGGCUUUGUGACGCUUCAGAGCGGUCGAAAGAUUGAGGCUAAUGAGGUGAUAUGGUGCACGCAAGCGGGCGCGGCGAAGUGGUUGAAAGAUUCCACGGAUUUAGCGCUCGAUGAGAACGGUUUCAUCACGGUGAACGCCACGCUCGAGUCCACUUCGCACAAGGACAUCUUUGCCGCCGGUGACGUGGCCAAUGUUCUGAAGCAUCCGCGACCGAAAGCUGGGGUUUUUGCCGUCCGUCAAGGUCCGCCACUCGAUAAGAACCUACGACGGGCACUCUUGGGGGAAUCUCUCGUCGAUUUCACUCCGCAAAAGCUAUUUCUCGGAUUAUUAACCACCGGCGGUAAGCACGCCGUGCUGUCGUACGGUAACGUCGCCAUGGGUGGAGUCGGUCCGAUAGGCGAGCGUUUGUGGAGAUGGAAGGAUAAGAUCGAUCGGAAGUGGAUGAAGAUGUACCAGGAGAUGGAGGAGAUGGCUGAGGCAGAGGUGGAGUCGUCCGCCUUGGCGCUCUCCGCUGGGGCAGAGACCAUGGCGGCGAUUCGUGCUGUGCCGAUGCGAUGCGGUGGGUGCGGCGCAAAGGUCGGUGCGACGGUUUUAUCUCGAGUGAUGAAACGUCUGGAGCCGAUUCCCACGAAUCCCAACGUCGAGGUUGGCAUCGAUCAACCGGACGACGCCGCUGUUGUCGCCGUGCCAGAGGGCAUGGUCGGCGUGCAAACGGUGGAUUACUUCCGAGCCUUCGUCGAUGAUCCCUAUAUUUUCGGUCAAAUUGCCGCUGUGCACGCCCUUGGAGACUGCUGGGCCAUGGGCGCGGAUCCGCACGCCGCGCUCGCCAUCGCAACAGUUCCGUAUGGAUUGGAGGCGCAAGUGGAGGAGACGCUGUAUCAAAUCAUGGCGGGCGCCUGCAGUAUCCUGCGCGACGCCGGUUGCGCCUUGGCCGGUGGCCACAGCUCGGAAGGCGCUGAACUCUCGCUCGGAUUCUCCGUGCACGGCGCCGCGCCGCGUGAAAAGCUCAUGAAGAAGGGCGGGAUGAAGCCCGGGCACAAAAUCAUAGUCACCAAGCCCAUUGGCACCGGAACGUUGUUCGCGGCGGACAUGCGCGCAAAGGCUCAAGGGCGAUGGAUUUCCAACGCCCUUGACUCGAUGCGUCAACCGAGUGCGACGGCCGCUCGAACGCUCUUCGAUCACGGCGCGACGGCGUGCACUGACGUCACCGGUUUCGGCUUGCUCGGACACCUCGUCGAGAUGUGCAAGGGAAGCGGCGUCGCGGCCGUCCUGGACAUGGAUGCCGUCCCAAUCUUACCAGGCGCUUUGGAAUGCGUUGAGUUGGGGAUCACGAGUUCGCUGCAGCCUGCGAACGUGCGUCUGGCUCGAGCCGUCGCGAAUCCCACCGCGGUAUCUGGUGCCAAACGAUAUCCGCUUCUGUUCGAUCCACAAACCGCGGGCGGUAUGCUCGCCUCCGUGCCGAGCGAUCGCGCCGAAGACACUGUUGAGGCACUUAAACGCGACGGGUACGUACACACGGCCGUCAUAGGAGAAGUCUUAGAGUGCCUCCCAAAGGCUGCGACCGCGCCCGAGCAAGUCGUCUUCGUCGCCGCCGCGAACGUCCCGUUCGACGGCGUCUCGAACGCUCGCCCUCAAAAAAUCGUCUCGUGCGGCACCGACGCGUGCAAUUUGUGA